AAAAAAAAAAAUUGAUGCUAAGAAUUAGAUUGUACUGAGCACUAUUCGAGUUAACAUCAACUGUCUUUACCCAGUUUGUAAGUAAUCUGAGUCACUUCAACAAAAACAGUUGUGACAAUGGAUGUUGAAGAAUUUCGAAUUCGUGGUAAAGAAAUGGUGGAAUAUAUUUGUGAAUUUAUGAAUAAUAUUCAUAAUCGUCGUGUUACACCAGAUGUUGGACCUGGUUAUUUGAGACCAUUAUUACCAUCAGAAGCACCACAUGAUGGUGAAGAUUGGGAUAAAAUAAUGAGUGAUGUUGAAAAUAAAAUAAUGCCAGGAAUAACACACUGGCAACAUCCACGUUUUCAUGCAUAUUUUCCAGCGGGAAAUUCAUUUCCUUCGAUAUUAGGUGAUAUGUUAUCUGAUGCUAUUGGAUGUAUUGGAUUUUCAUGGGCAGCAAGUCCAGCUUGCACAGAAUUAGAAACAAUUGUUUGUGAUUGGUUUGGUAAAGCAAUGGGUCUACCAAAUGAUUUUCUUUACUUUAGUCAAGGUAGUAAAGGUGGAGGUGUUAUACAAGGUUCAGCAUCUGAAAGUAUAUUAGUAUGUAUGCUUGCAGCACGUGCACAAGCAAUAGCACGUCUUAAAGAAUCACCAUUAUAUUCACAUCUUGAUGAAACAUCAUUAUUAGGAAAAUUAAUGGCAUAUUGUAGUCGUGAAUCACAUAGUUGUGUUGAAAAAGAUGCUAUGAUUUGUUUUGUUAAAUUACGUAUAUUAGAACCAGAUGAUAAAAGUGUAUUACGUGGUGAUACAUUGAGACAAGCUAUUGAAGCUGAUGUUGCUGAUGGUAUUAUACCAUUUUUUGUAUCAACAACACUUGGUACAACAGCAUGUUGUUCAUUUGAUAAUCUCAAAGAAAUUGGUCCAGUUUGUCGUAAAUAUCCUGGUAUUUGGCUACAUGUUGAUGCAGCAUAUGCUGGUAAUUCAUUUAUUUGUCCUGAAUUAAAAUAUUUAAUGGCUGGUAUUGAAUAUGCUGAUUCAUUAAAUACAAAUACAAAUAAAUUUUUAUUAACAAAUUUUGAUUGUUCAUGUUUAUGGGUUAAAGAUCGUUUUAAAUUAACAAGUGCACUUGUUGUUGAUCCAUUGUAUCUUCAACAUACACAUGCUGAUACUGCAAUUGAUUACAGACAUUGGAGUAUUCCAUUGAGCAGAAGAUUUAGAUCACUUAAAUUGUGGUUUGUUAUAAGAAGUUAUGGUAUAUCUGGUCUUCAAAAAUACAUAAGAAAUCAUUGUCAGUUGGCUAAAAAAUUUGAAUUGCUUGUUAAAAAAGAUGAUAGAUUUGAAGUAUGCAAUGAUGUCUUGUUGGGAUUAGUGUGCUUCAGAGCAAAAGGAAGUGAUAAAUUAAAUCAAAAAUUAUUAAGUGCAAUUAAUGAUUCUGGAAGGAUCCAUAUGAUACCAGCAAAAGUUAAUCAUAAAUAUACCAUUAGAUUUGCACUUGCUGCACCAAAUGCAACUGCUGAGGAUGUUGAAAUUGCUUGGAAUAUUAUAACUGAUUUCUUAUCGGAAAUAUUGGAAUCGAAGGAUGUGAUGGAUGAGCUUGCUGAUAUACGUGAAAAAAAGAGAAAAGCAACAUUAGAACAAAGACGUUCAUUUUUCGUACGUAUGGUAUCUGAUCCAGCAAUUCAACCUGGUUUUACAAAAACACCAAAUCAACCAGCUAAAUUGGAAACUCAACCAACAAUUGGUGGUAUUGGACAAAAUAUACAAUCAACACGAUCAUGGAUUUCAUGGCCUUUGGCUUAUUUGAUGUCUAAAGAAUCAACUGAUACAAGUGAAUUAUCACUAAGAUUUCGUCAUUUGGAUACAAUGGUAAGAUUAAAAACUGGAUCAGGAAGUCGUCGUGGUAGUAGCAAUGGUUGUAGUCCUGAACCAUCACCAUCAGCAUCACCAUCAAGAAGCCGAUCACCAAAUGGACGUGCAUAAAUAAUUUUUAAAUAUAUCUUAAAACAAUGACUAAACUUGAAUAAAAACGACAAUGAAAGUAUUAAAAAAAUAAAACAACAUCAACAAUCAUAAAAUUAUUAUUAAUAAUUAAAUAUCCUGGUCACAAUAUCUUGAACAAAAAUAAUCCCAAAAGACAA